AUGUUGGCAAGAAUACAACUGAUGCAGUAUGUCAUCUAUGGGAUUGCGUCCUUUUUCUUCUUGUAUGGGAUCAUUCUGUUAGCAGAAGGCUUCUAUAUCACAAAUGCAGUGAAGGAGCUGCAUGGCGAGUUUAAAACAAGUGCCUGUGGCAGAUGCAUCAGUGGAAUGUUUGUGUUCCUCACCUACGGGCUGGGAGUGGCCUGGCUGGGCGUGUUUGGUUUCUCCGCCGUUCCCAUGUUUAUGUUCUACAACAUCUGGUCAACUUGUGAAGUCAUCAAAUCCCAGAUCAAUGGUACAGCUGCUGUGGAGCAGAUCUGCGUGGAUAUCCGACAAUACGGUAUCAUUCCUUGGAAUGCUUUUCCAGGAAAAAUAUGUGGCUCUGCUCUUGAGAACAUCUGCAACACCAAUGAGUUCUACAUGUCCUACCACCUGUUCAUCGUGGCCUGCGCUGGAGCUGGUGCCACUGUCGUCGCCCUGCUGAUCUACAUGAUGGCUACUACC